GGAGGUGCUUCACUCUGAUCUCUGACUCCAGACCGGUAACAUGUCCUCAGGCUGGUCCGCCAACGACCACAAGAGCUACACCAACCAGCCCUCCGCCGGGGUGAAGCGGCCGCGCGCGGACUCCGGGAACAGGGUGACGGUGGUGCUCGGAGCUCAGUGGGGGGAUGAGGGGAAGGGGAAGGUGGUGGACCUGCUGGCCACGGAGUCUGACAUCGUCUGCAGGUGUCAGGGGGGAAACAAUGCUGGCCACACUGUGGUGGUUGAAGGGACAGAAUACGACUUCCAUCUCCUUCCUAGUGGCAUCAUCAAUACCAAAUGCAUAUCACUAAUUGGAAAUGGAGUAGUCAUUCACCUCCCAGGCCUGUUUGAGGAGAUUGACAAAAAUGAAAAAAAAGGCUUGAAAGGCUGGGAUAAAAGACUUGUCAUCUCUGACAGAGCUCACAUAGUGUUUGAUUUUCACCAAGCCGUGGAUGGAGUGCAAGAAGUCCAGAGACAAGCACAGGAGGGCAAGAACAUAGGAACAACCAAGAAAGGUAUUGGACCCACUUAUUCCUGCAAGGCUUCUCGAACUGGACUUCGCGUCUGUGACCUGCUAGCAGAUUUCAAAGAGUUUUCUCUCAGGUUUAAAAACCUUGCACAGCAGUACCAAUCAAUGUACCCAGCACUAAAAGUGGAUGUUGAAGGGGAGCUGAAAAAACUCAAGGAUUAUGCAGAGAGAAUAAGACCCAUGGUGAGGGAUGGUGUAUAUUUUAUGUAUGAUGCGAUACAUGGACCUCCAAAGAAAAUCCUUGUAGAAGGGGCAAACGCAGCUCUCCUAGACAUCGACUUUGGAACCUAUCCGUUUGUGACAUCAUCCAACUGCACGGUUGGUGGGGUGUGCACCGGUCUUGGCAUCCCCCCAGCAAAUAUUGGAGAUGUGUACGGAGUGUCGAAAGCCUACACCACGCGAGUGGGCAUUGGGGCCUUCCCAACAGAACAGCUCAAUGCUGUAGGGGAACUGCUGCAGACACGAGGUCAUGAAGUGGGCGUUACCACGGGCAGAAAGAGACGCUGUGGUUGGCUAGACUUGGUCAUCCUGAGAUACGCACACAUGAUCAAUGGAUUCACAGCGAUUGCUUUAACUAAACUGGACAUUCUUGAUGUACUUGAUGAGAUUAAAGUAGGUGUCGCCUACAAACUCGGAGGAAAAAGAAUUCCCCAUUUCCCAGCGAACAUGGAGGUCCUGCAGAAGGUGGAGGUGGAAUACGAGACUUUUCCUGGCUGGAAGGCCGAUACCUCAGCAGCAAGGAAAUGGAAUGAUUUGCCUCCCAAAGCGCAGAAUUACAUCCGCUUUGUGGAGAACAACAUAGGUGUUCCAAUUAAGUGGGUGGGAGUUGGAAAAUCCAGAGAAUGCAUGAUACAAAUGUUCUAGAGCAUCUGCCUCGGCUGACAUCUGGAACAUCAUGAGCAUCAUGAACGUCUACCAAUAACAUGUGUCUCCUCUCAGGAACGUCCCUGGCUAUCUCACUAACGUCACAGCAGAUGGACUGGCUUUAAUAAAUGCUGUGUUGAGACAUGAAUAUGAACUUGUGAAUAAAUGCAUCAGAACAGUGGGAUUUAUUUUUUCUUUCAGUAGCUGGCAUUAAUUGACUGAUAAACGCUGAAAUACGAGCUUUCACUUGAUAAAAAGAAGACUUCUCCUGAAGGCUUUCUCUCUAAUGGAGAUUAUGUUCAGGCAUUAUUUUAUUCAGAUAUUGUGCAAUUUUUUCCUCCUGGAUCAAAGUGAAAGCUGUUUAAAUAUGUUAUGGUUGUGUGUGUGUGAUAGCGUGUGAAAGGCUAUGUUGACAUUACAAGCCACAUUGCUCUUAUCUGAUUUUUUUGCUCAAAUCUGUUCCUGAAACGUCUCACAUGCUGCACAUUGAUACCUGUAUAAACGCCUCCUUCUUCACCAACAACAAAUAAAAACCCUCAUAUUAGAGAGAGGAGAGACUCGUAGCUUUAUAAAGGGAAAUGGAUGAGUUAGCAGCUCAUAUGUGGAGCAUCUUUUGCUGGAGUGGAGAGUAAACAGCUGCUCUGAAGUUCAUGCUCAGGUCCAGGAGGUGAAAAAAGGACAGGCGGUUUGCUUUUGCUGUUUUUUUUGCAGCUAUAGCUGCACAGCUGCACCAAGAGAUAUAGUGUGGGUACUAGAGAGAAGCACGUAGCGCUAAUGCUAAUGCUAAUAUGUAAAAGCAAAAACACACAUGAAUUUGACAUGAUUUGACCAUUGACAUUCAUGUUGCAUGUCCACAUAUGAAAGUGGCUCAGAUCUGAUUUGAACAGAUCUGAAAACAGCCAUAAAAAAUCAGAUCUGAGCCACAUAAUGUGAACGUAGCCUAAGUAAGCUCUGUGCUGAAGAUCAAGAUGCAGUACACCUGCAGAAUGUCCACUACUUUGAAAUCUUUGACAUUUGUUAUAUUUAAACAGUUGUUAAAAAUUUUGCAUGGUUAUAUAUUUGACACCACAUGUUUAUUUCAAUUUGUAUUUCAUAUAAAGUUCUAGUUAAACCUUUUAACAUUUUGUUAAGUGUUAUAUUGUUAUUUUAGCGCUGAUGAUUGUGAAUUCUGUCUGCGACCUGCAUUUACUCCAGCGAUCUCAGGAUUACAUAUAUUUCCCUUUGAGUGCUGCUGCAUGUAAUGAUUGUCAACAGAACAUCAUAUGAGAUUAUUUAUCCAGUUUUUCUUCUUUGAUUUUGCUGAUGUUGUUUACUCCUGAAUAAACGUUUCUCACAG